AUCUCAAUUCACGAAGCUACGAUUGUUAUAUCAUAUACUCUUCUUGCGUCUGCGAUUACACCUAAAGGACCUGCGAUCACUAGAGAAGUGCAAACACUAGUCCGCUACCCUUACAGGACUUGCAGAACCCUUGAACAGCCAUGGCAUCAGUCACAAGACCUGUCCAGCUGAAGAUCGGCAUCAUAGGCGCUGGCCCUGCCUCUCUCACCCUCGCCAACAUACUUCAGAAGCACUCCAUUCCCUUCAGCAUCUUCGAGUCCGCGUCAGAACUCCGCACGCAAGGUGGCUCUCUAGACCUCCAUCCCCAGUCUGGUCAGCUCGCCCUCAAAGAAGCAGGACUAUGGGAACCAUUCGUCAAGCAUGCGCGACCAGAAAGUGAUGUGAUGAAGAUUGUGACUUUGGAUGGAGAGGUACUCUGGGAUGAGAAUGGAGCUGAUAAGCAAGACAUCAAAGAAGAGGAGAAGUUUGACGGGAGACCUGAGAUUGAUCGAUUGGCAUUGGCGACACUAAUGUUCGAGAAUCUGAAGGUGGGGUCCGUGAAGUUUGAUAGGAAACUGAAGGAAGUCGCGCCGUCCACUGAAGAUGAGGGGAAGUACAACCUACACUUCGCAGACGACACGAAAGAGCUGGGGUUUGAUCUUGUAGUCGGCGGAGAUGGCGCAUGGUCCAAGGUUCGCACACUUCUCACCAACCAAAUGCCUCAGUACUCUGGCAUAUCUUCUGUGGCGAUGAUGUGCAAAGACGUCAAGGCCGAUCCCUGGCUGCUUGAAUACGUAGGAGAGGGCUCGAUGAUGGCUUUUGGCGAGGGUUGUGCGGUGCAGUCUCAACGGCAAGGUGACGGCAGCCUACGGACUUAUGCCAGCUUGCGCGUGCCGGAAGACUUCCUGGAGACGUGUGGCAUUGAUUGGGAUGAGAAAGAGACGGCGCGCAAGACUCUUGUGGACCGCUACCUUUCUCAUAUACACGACGAUCUCAAGCGUAUCAUAUUUUCCUCCACAGAAAGCCUCACCGCUCGAGCCCUGUGCGAACUACCGAUUGGGUUCCGCUGGCCCUCUCGCUCAGGUGUCACUCUCAUUGGUGACGCUGCGCAUGUUUUCACGCCUUUCGCCGGCGAAGGAGUCAACGUGGGCAUGAAAGACGCACUCGUACUGGCACAAGAGAUCAUCAAAGUGUGCAAUGGAGAGAAAUAUCUGGAUGUUGCUGUGAAGGACUACGAGGAGGAAAUGUUCCCACGGUCCACAAAGGCGGCAAUCAAAACGGCAAAGGGGAAACAGGAGCAUUUCAGUGGAGAUGGAUCUAAGCAUUUCGCGGACAUGAUGAAAGCGCAUUACUACGGGCAGCAAGAGGGUGGUGCUCAGUAGGGAGGUGAGAGUCCAGACUCUGGAGGUGGAUCAGGAAGACUGGGUGGCGGAUAUGUUCUGGAAGAAUUGGAUCUACAUUAUGAUCUCACGUUGUAUGCAAAAUCUGAGGGGUAUAACGUGCCCGACUAUGGGUAUAGCUUUAGGACAGGAGGAAGUUGUAGCCACGAUGCGACGGAUACUGGAACUUGCCUGCUACAUAUUCUAGCUUGAAUGGUCGCUAAUUGGCGAAGAGUGCCUAUUGUUAAAGGACAGAAGGGCUGUCA